CUAUUUCUUGUUUCUAGGAGUUUCGACUGGAACUUUCCUAAGGUCUCGAACUUUUGAAGGGCCUUUAGUUCGGCGGCGUUGGAAUGAUAAAGACGCUGGUCCUACCAUGCGAUGUGCUGAAGUUCAAUUCGGCUAAGAUUGAAGGGCAUAAUCUGUCGAAAUCAAAAGGUUCCAAGAUGGAGUUGACGCUCACACAACCUGAUGAUUGGCAUCUUCACCUUCGUGAUGGGAGUCUUCUUGAAGCCGUUCUCCCUCACAGUGCGAAUCAUUUUGGAAGGGCUAUAGUGAUGCCAAAUUUGAAGCCUCCUGUCACUACCACAUCUGCUGCAGUGGCCUAUAGGGAAUCCAUUAUGAGAGCACUGCCAGCCAACAGCAACUUUACUCCUCUUAUGACACUUUACUUGACGGAUUCAACAAAACCCGAUGAGAUCAAACUAGCCCGACAGAGUGGUGCCGUGUUUGCAGUAAAGCUGUACCCAGCUGGCGCUACUACAAAUUCUCAGGAUGGUGUUACCGAUCUUUUAGGAAAAUGCCUUCCUGUCCUUGAGGAAAUGGUCAAGCAAGACAUGCCUUUGCUGGUCCAUGGGGAGGUUACAGAUGCUGCUGUGGAUAUAUUUGAUCGAGAAAAGGUCUUUAUUGACACUGUUUUACAGCCUUUAAUCCACAAACUUCCACAGCUGAAGAUUGUGAUGGAGCACAUCACUACAUCUGAUGCUGUUAGUUUUGUUGAGUCUAGCAAAGAAGGAUUUAUAGCGGCUACAGUUACUCCACAGCAUCUUCUCUUGAAUAGGAACUCUAUAUUCCAAGGAGGAUUGCAGCCACACAAUUACUGCCUUCCUGUACUAAAAAGAGAGACCCACAGACAGGCUAUUGUGGCAGCUGUGACUAGUGGCAGUAAAAGAUUCUUCCUUGGAACUGAUAGUGCUCCUCAUGAGAGGCGACGGAAGGAGUGUGCUUGUGGAUGUGCUGGUAUCUACAAUGCUCCAGUUGCUUUGUCACUCUACGCUAAGGUCUUUGAAGAGGCAGGGGUACUUGACAAGCUGGAAGCCUUUACUAGCUUUAACGGGCCGGAGUUCUAUGGGCUUCCGAGGAACAAAUUGAAGAUUACGUUAAGAAAGAAUCCAUGGGUUGUCCCAGAAUCUUUCUCCUUUCCAUUUGGCGAGAUCCUCCCAAUGUUUGCAGGAAAAAUGCUUGACUGGCAACCACUUCUUUAAAUAACAAGAUAUGGUAUGUUGGGAUAGUCCAAGGGAAGGGCUUUUGCAUGUCAGAACACCGGCUUCAUAGACUUAAAGAAGAAACCUUUCGACUUUUUUGCCUGGAUGAUGAAAUGACCCGGAUUGUCUGGACGAGAUCUCUACCCUUCAUUCCUCAAUAAAAUAUCAAGCUUCUAAACAGCUUUCAAACCAUGUUCGUCUUGUUUUCUUUAAUUGGUUGCUCUGGGUCAAGGGAAUUUGAAUCAGAUUUGGUGCAUCCACAUGGUAAUUUCUAGAUGCAAACUUCUCACUUUCAAA